GGCUCGAUGAACGGGCAACCCCGACCGCGCGCAUUGUCAGCUGGAGUUCCCGCCAAUACACAAUCCGCGCCGGCGACAUUUCCCGGGGACGCUCCGUCAAAUUCCCGCCACGACUCUCCUUUUUCUCUUCCUCUGUGAACUGCUGAGAUCGACGUAUAGCUCAACUCAAACACACUCUCUCUCUCUCUCUCUUUCUCUCUCUACAUGGCGCCGUCUCGCCGCCAGAGCAACAUCCGAUCGCCGCUCGUGAACAAGCAGUUCCAGAUCACCUCCUUCUUCUCCUCCAGACCCGCCUCCUCCUCCGCCGCUCCCUCGCCUCUCCCGAAUCCCGAUUCCACUCCCCGCCCUAACCCUAGCCUCCGCGAGCCCUCCGAUCCCGACGGCAGCCCGAGCCCUAGCCCUAGCCCCGCCACUCCCUCCCCUGUCCAGUUCAAGCCCCGGAAGAAGACCCCUCUCGUCAUCCCCUCGGCCGCCGCCGCCGCCGCCGCCGCUCCGGAGCCCUUCGGCCGAGAGGUCCUGCGCAGGAGGAUCAGGGUGUACUGGCCGCUGGACGGGGCCUGGUACGAGGGCUGCGUCAAGUCGUUCGACGAGGGGAGCGGCAAGCACCUGGUCCAGUACGACGAUGCCGAGGAGGAGUUGCUGGAUUUGGGGAAGGAGAGGAUUGAGUGGAUCGAGGAGAGCGCGAAGAAGUUCAAGCGGUUACGGCGCGGGGGCAGUGCAGUGGUCCCGGAGAAGGUAGUGGAGGAUGUGGAAAGCGACGAGGGUGGGAAGGAUUGGGAGGAUGACUCGAGCGAUGAAGAUUGGGGGAAAAGCGCGGAGAAGGAGGCGGUGGAGGACGCGGAGGAUGAGGAUAUGGAGGCGGAGUUCGUCGAUGAGGAGGAUGCCGAUGAAAAGAGCACUGGUAAGUCUCACACGAGGAAGAGGAAGGUCGGCGAAGGAAGCAAGUCGGGGUCUGUUAAGAAGAAUAAGACCGGUGGUGGUGUUUGCAAUGAGGGUUCUAAAGUUUCGGUGGUGGUUACAGAAAAUAAGUUCAAUGCAUGCUCUACCACAGCCCAGAAAACCACGAAUGGUCUUGGUUCUUCCUUGCCAACUGAUGCUUCAGAAAGGUUUAGUAUCCGGGAAGCUGAAAAGCUGUGCUUUCUUGGACCAGAACGGAGGGAUGCAAAAAGAAGACGACCAGGGGAUAUGGAUUUUGAUCCGAGGACUCUUUAUUUGCCUCCAGAUUUCCUCAAGAGUUUAUCGGGUGGCCAGAGGCAAUGGUGGGAAUUUAAGUCCAAGCAUAUGGACAAAGUCUUAUUUUUCAAGAUGGGAAAGUUUUACGAACUUUUCGAAAUGGAUGCACAUGUAGGAGCCAAAGAGCUUGAUUUACAGUACAUGAAGGGAGAGCAACCGCACUGUGGAUUUCCAGAAAAGAACUUCUCUAUGAACGUGGAGAAAUUGGCCAGAAAGGGUUAUCGAGUUCUCGUCGCAGAGCAGACGGAAACACCUGAACAACUUGAGCUUCGCCGGAAGGAACAGGGUUCAAAAGAUAAGGUCGUAAAACGUGAAAUAUGUGCAGUGAUCACAAAAGGAACUCUGACCGAUGGAGAAAUGCUUUCAGCGAAUCCUGAAGCUUCUUAUCUGAUGGCAGUGACUGAAAGCUGUCAAAUGCUUGCAGACCAAAAGGCAGAGCGGACUCUUGGUGUGUGUUUGGUGGAUGCUGCUACUAGUAGGAUUACUCUUGGUCAGUUCAAAGAUGAUUCAGAAUGCAGUGCUUUAUGCUGUCUGCUAUCUGAAGUACGCCCGGUAGAAAUUGUUAAACCCACUAAAGGGUUAAGUGCUGAAACUGAGAGGGUUUUACUGACUCAUACUCGAAAUCCUCUGGUGAAUGAGUUGGUUCCAGUCUUAGAAUUUUGGGAUGCUGAUAAGACAGUUCAUGAACUAAGGACCAUUUAUAAGAGUAUCAAUGGUCGAUCAUCUUCUGCAAGUUCAGAUGAAACAGAUACUGAGACUGCCGCUUCUCAUUUUAAAAAUGAUGGCUUGCACAACCUCCCAGAAUUUUUAUCUGAGCUGGUGAAUUCUGGUGAGAAUCAUAAUCUUGCAUUGUCAGCCCUCGGAGGUGCCAUUUAUUACCUGAAACAAGCCUUCCUGGAUGAGACAUUGCUUAAAUUUGCAAAUUUUGAGUCACUUUCAUGUUCUGGAUUUGGUGAUGUUGCUCAAAAGCAUAUGAUUCUUGAUGCUGCUGCAUUGGAGAACCUUGAGGUUUAUGAGAAUGGCAGAAAUGGAGGGUCUUCAGGGACACUUUUUGCACAACUGGACCACUGUGUGACUGCAUUUGGCAAGAGGCUUCUUAAAACAUGGCUAGCAAGACCUUUGUAUCAUCUGGAAGGAAUUAAAGAGCGCCAAGAUGCCAUAGCUGAUCUUAAGGGAGAAAAUCAACCUUUCACAUUGGAUUUUCGGAAAGUGUUAUUGAGGCUUCCAGAUAUGGAGCGCUUGCUUGCGCGCGUUUUCUCUAGCAGUGAAGCUUGUGGAAGAAAUGCAAAUAAAGUAAUCCUCUAUGAAGAUGCAGCAAAAAAACAGCUGCAAGAAUUUAUAUCGGUUUUACGUGGCUGUGAAUUAUUGGUUGAGGCAUUUUCUUCUCUUGGUGUUAUAUUGGAAAACGUCGAGUCAAGACAACUGGUUCAUUUGUUAACACCUGGGAAGGGUCUCCCGGAGGUCAGUUCAAUUCUGAGGCAUUUUAAGGAUGCCUUCGAUUGGGUUGAAGCCAGCAAUUCAGGACGAAUCAUACCUCGUGAAGGAGUUGACAUAGAGUAUGACUCUGCCUGUAAUAAAAUCAAGAAAAUUGAGUCUAAUUUGAUGAAACACCUCAAGGAGCAGAGGAAAUUACUUGGGGAGACUUCAAUAACUUAUGUCACUGUUGGGAAAGAGGCAUACCUACUUGAAGUGCCUGAAAGUUUGCGUGGAAAAGUUCCUCGUGAUUAUGAACUGCGUUCAUCUAAGAAGGGUUUCUUUAGAUAUUGGACCCCCAAAAUUAAGAAGCUUGUAAGCGAGCUCUCCCAAGCUGAAUCUGAAAAGGAGUCUGCACUGAAGAGUAUUUUGCACAGACUAAUUAGACGCUUCUGUGAGCAUCAAGACAAGUGGAGGCAACUAAUUUCUUCAACCGCAGAGAUAGAUGUUCUGAUCAGUUUAGCAAUUGCAAGUGACUAUUAUGAGGGACCAGCAUGUCGUCCAGUUUUCAAAGUCUCUUCUGAUUCAAGUAAAGAGCCAUGCUUAUCUGCCAAGUGCUUAGGGCAUCCUAUCCUUAGAAGUGAUUCCUUGGGCAAAGGUACCUUUGUCCCCAAUGACGUCAAUAUUGGUGGUUCUGCUAAUGCUAGCUUUAUCCUUCUCACUGGUCCUAACAUGGGUGGAAAGUCAACCUUGCUCCGACAAGUUUGCUUGGCUGUGAUUUUGGCACAGAUUGGAGCAGAUGUACCUGCUGAGAGUUUUCAACUGUCGCCUGUGGAUCGAAUUUUUGUCCGCAUGGGUGCCAAGGAUCAUAUUAUGGCAGGGCAAAGUACAUUUUUAACUGAGCUCUCCGAAACUGCAUCAAUGCUGUCAUCGGCAACUCGCUAUUCUUUGGUGGCAUUGGAUGAACUGGGACGUGGGACCUCGACCUCAGAUGGACAGGCCAUUGCGGAAUCUGUCUUGGACCAUUUCGUCCACAAGGUGCACUGUCUAGGAAUGUUUUCUACUCAUUAUCACCAUUUAGCUGUGAACUAUAGGAAUGAUCCUGGGGUUUCCCUUUGUCAUAUGGCGUGCCAAGUGGGAGAUGGAGCUGAUGGCAUACAAGAGGUCACAUUUCUUUAUAGAUUGACACCUGGUCCAUGCCCCAAAAGCUAUGGAGUCAAUGUGGCACGCUUAGCUGGACUUCCUGAAUGCAUCCUUCAAAAAGCAGCUUCGCGAUCAAGAAAAUUUGAGCAUUCGUACGGUAGGCACACGAAGGGAUCUCCACAGCAGUCCUGCACCCAAUAUUCAGAAAACGAGAUGGUGCUUUUUAUGCAAAAAUUGAUGAAACUUGUUGCGCGAUCGGUGGACUCUGAAUCAUCUGAUACCAAGUUCAUUGAUUCCUUAGUGAAGCUGCAACACGAGUCAAAAUUACUCAUACGGCAACGGUGAUGUGGCAAGAUUAGUCAUUCCACGUGCACGGAACUCCUGGUUCAAGUUUUGGUAGUUCUAGGAUAUCUUGCACCCAUCGACCUUCCCAUUGUAAAUUUUAUUGGUUGGCAACAAUCUCUCAAGAUUUUUAUGGAGGCAUUUACUGGCGUCGGGAUUUGACUUCCCGCAGUGUAUUAAACAAGCCAUGUACAGCUUGCCUUGUGGAAGGAGUUUUGUGUAGUCUGUGGAUGGAUGGAUGUACUCGACCGGAGGUAUCGAGGCUGAUUGCUUUUAUACCACAGAAUAUAUAAUGCAAAUGUGGAAUAUCCAAACUAAA